AUGGCAGCCCUCUACGAUAUGACCCGUCGCUUAACAAAACAUCAAAUUGAUAGCUUCACCAAAAAAAUGGAAGAAGACGAACUAUCGACAGUUUCAUUAGGCAAUAUCGUUACAGUCGAAAAACUACCGGACAAAAUGCUCCAGGCAAUAUUUUCAUACUUGUCACCUUAUCAGGUGCUUAUCGUUGGACAAGUUUGCAAGCGGUGGAAAGAAAUCGCUCAGAGUCCAUCGCUUUGGCAUCUUAUCUCUUUCCGCCCAUCAUAUGGUGGUUUACAAGUUCGUAUCUUAUAUUCUGAGGUCAUCAAUCAAGAUUAUUUACUGCAUUUGAUUGGAUCGCGUUUUAUAGAAUUACGAGUGAUUGAAUUGGCAACUGAUCUGAUAACACCUAAUAUACUUCAUGAACUAGCUGCUCGAUGUCCCCAGCUUUGGUCUAUGACAUUAGGAACAUAUGAAAAGAUAGAAGACGAAGAAGAAGAAGUUUAUGAGACAGUGAAUGUACAUAAACUAAAACAGUACAUACCGAAUCUUCGCGUUGUUAAUUUUUGGGGUGUGCCCUUCAUAACAGAUGAACAUGUGGAGUCGAUAUCAUCCAACUGUGCCCACUUAGAAUGCCUCUGCGUUAAUUACUGCACAAAAGUUACUGGAUCUUGUCUUCGACUCGUUUUGCAGCGCUGCAAGAAACUUAGGAGUCUUCUUCUCGCUCACGCAAGAACAUUAGCUCUUAUAAUGGAAUAUUUUUCUGUAGAAGUUAGCAUGCAAAAUAAGUUCCUGCAUGAGGAAACAUUUUGGAAUAUUGCAAAACUGCGUGAUAGGAAUGUUAAUGGAACGACACUUGACAAUGAAAUCAUAAAAUCUGUCGAAUGGGAAAAAACACAUAUCGAAGAGCUAAAUAUCUGUGGAACUGAACUAUCGUCUGAUGCAUUAAUUAGUAUCUUAACUCGACUAAAACAUCUUAUUUGGCUUGAUGCGUCUUGGUUGGAGAACAUGAAUGAUCAGGUUCUAGAAGCUUGGCUGGGUUCAGACUCCAUUUUAAAUUUACAAUAUCUUAACUUAGACACCUGCGACUCACUGAAUGAAGCAUCAUUAACCGAUCUCAUAUCUAAGAUGGGCAACCAAUUACUGGGCUUAAACUUAGGAGGACAUUAUAAAUUAUUGGAGUAUUUUUGGACAAAUAUGAUUCCAAAGCUUAAAAACAUUAAAGUGCUUGUCAUGGGAACGGCGGAAGACUGCUGCUCAAAAGUACUUGCAAAAAUUCAUAUUGAUCAAUUUAUUGAUAGUAUUGCGCAAAAUUGUCCAAAACUAUGUCGCCUUGAAAUUCGCUGGGAUGAUGGAACUCUAAGAUUCAGUGACAAAUCGAGUAAAUUCAUCGAUACCCUUCGACUGAAGUGCUUGAAACUGCGUUCGGUAGUACUAUCUGAUGGUCAAUAUUAUGAAUUGGUACGCGCUAAUUUUGAAAGAGCUGAUCGGCUAUGUGUUGUCAGGACGCUGGAAAUGUGCCGCACGGGACUAAUGCAUUGUUCAAAAUAUUACAAUCAGCUACUUUUCAAUUGA